UAACUCAGCGGGUCAGGCAGCAUCUGUGGAGAACAUGGAUAGGUGAAGUUUCACAGAGUGCUGGAGUAACUCAGCGGGUCAGGCAGCAUCUGUGGAGGUGACGUUUCUGGUCGAAACCCUUCAUUAAAACCCUCUUGUGUCUGCGCAGAUGACAUACAGGAGAGGCGAGGUUCGGGACAUCACUGAUAUGUUGAUGAGAAAUCUCUGGGAUGAAGAUGAGGGUGGAGUGGACGUGGGAGAGGUGACAGAGGAACAUCUACACAUGGUCAUCGUGGACCUCUUCGUCGGAGGCACCGAGACCACGUCCUCCACUCUGGGCUGGGCCAUCGCCUACCUGGUCCAUUGGCCCGAGGUCCAGGACCGCAUUUACACGGAGCUGAGCUCGGCCACGGGAGGGGAGCGCUAUCCCACCUACACCGACCGGGACAAGAUGCCGCUCCUGACGGCCACCAUCGCCGAGAUCCUGCGGCUCCGGCCCGUGGUACCCCUGUCGCUGAUGCACCGGGCCACCUGUCACACCAGCGUUGCAGGUUACUUUGUUCGAAGCGGGACCCAUGUCAUCACCAAUCUGUACGGAGCUAACCAGGACGAGACCAAAUGGACCGACCCCACCCGGUUCAAACCAGAGCGUUUCCUGGGCACCGCCGCCGCAGAGAGGACAAUGCAGAACGUCGUCUCCUUCGGAAUGGGAGCCCGGUCUUGUCUGGGCGAACCCAUUGCUCGUGUGGAGCUCUUCCUGUUCCUGGCGUAUCUCCUGAGGGACUUCAAGUUCCUGCCGGACACAGCGGGCGAGAUGCCGGACCUACUGAGCAUGGAGGGAGUCCUCAUGAAGGUCAAGCCCUAUCGAGUGAGAGUGGUUGCAAGGGCAGGUCUCCAGCCCAGCUAGA